AAACCCAUCGUUGAGGCGUGAUCGUGGAAAACUCCAUUGGCAGUGCCUAUUUUCGCGAUUGCGAUCUUCUUGAUGCAGGCAAUGAAUGUUUAGAGCUUCCAAUGAGGAAAAAUGUGUCGAAGACAAAAAUAAGUGAUUCAAUUUCUCGACAAGAAAGACGGAGAUAGAGAGAGAGAUUGAAAAUUGUCCGUCAAGCCAGUGGACGUAGUCAAUUUUGAUCUUGUGUGUUGACGGUUUGCUUUGGCGCGGCUCUACUUAACCUCUUGGCGUGAGGAGACCUGAGCCAGUCGCUUGGAGACACUCGAACUUGGUGCAACUCUGUUGAAAAUUGCUGUGAUUGUGACGAUAGUGUUGUGUUGAAAUCACAGGAGUUCAACUUUACUAAAAACCAAUUCCAAUAAAGUUUUAUUUUGCCCAUGGACUGUGGAGUGUUUAAAAAGUGAAAAAAGUCGUUAUUUUAAGUUUUUUUUUUUAUUUUCCUGUGAUCUUUGCCUAAGAGAUCUUAAGCCGAAAAGAUUGUGUUGGUGAUCGCUAGAAUUUUAGUGAUCUUUUUCAAAGAAGGAAACUGUCGGAAAUAAAAUUAAUUUGGCAGAGUGUCCCAGUGAUCGUGAUAUUGAAGUACAUACAGUGAUCCUCAUAUUCAUUUGACACUAAAUACAUCACUUUUCAAGUUCAAGUGCACAGAAAUAGCCCACCCAAAAAGCUGUUGAAAUCUAUUUUUGUGACAUUUUCCUUUUAAAAGUCUUACAAAACGAAAGACCCGAGUGAAACCUUCCGUCAUCGAGAAACAGGUAUAACGUGACAAUAAACUGCAGACCACGUGCCAUUUAUGUAGCAGUGCAGCCUUUAGGUUGAUCCCAGAGUAUUAUAUUAUAUUUGCAAAACAUCCCACUGAACAACAAUGAGCAAUAAGACGCGAUUAAAUAGCGCAAAUCAUGGACAUAGCAAUUCAGGCUUUGUACCAGAUGAUGGUUCAGCUCGAGAAAAAUCUGCCUUUGUCAUUGAGUUGGUGGAAAAGAGGCCAGCCAAUGCUAAUGGAAAGGAUAUCCAAGAUUAUGAUCCAUAUCAACAUCGCCAGGUUGCCCAUCCAACCACAAACACUGAAACGUUAAUUCACCUGCUGAAAGGAUCCUUGGGAACGGGUAUCCUAGCUAUGCCAAUGGCCUUCUACCAUGCAGGUUACAUUGUCGGUAGCGUUGGUACAAUUCUGAUUGGAUUGCUGUGCACCUACUGCAUUCAUAUGCUGAUCAAAGUGGAAUAUGAGAUGUGCAAGAGGAAGAAGGUUCCCAGCUUGAGUUAUCCGGCUGUUGCUGAAGCCGCUCUCUCAGAUGGUCCCGGAUGGUGUCAGGCAAUAGCACCACGGAUUGUGCACGUGAUCAAUACAUUUCUGCUGAUCUAUCAAUUGGGCACUUGCUGUGUCUAUGUGGUGUUUGUGUCGUCAAACAUAAAGUCCAUCGUUGAUUACUAUACUGAAGAGAAGACCGAUGUGAGACUGUACAUGCUGAUCAUUCUUCUACCUCUGAUUCUCAUCAAUUGGGUGAGAAACCUUAAAUACCUGGCACCCUUCUCGACGAUCGCCAACUUCAUCACAUUGAUCUCCUUUGGCAUUAUUCUCUACUACAUCUUCAGAGAGCCUAUUUCAUUUGAUGGACUCGUGCCAGUGGGGAAACUGAGGGAUUUUCCACUCUUCUUCGGAACAGUCCUCUUUGCACUGGAAGCCAUCGGAGUGAUUCUUCCGUUGGAGAAUGAAAUGAAGACGCCGAAAUCUUUUGGUGGCCCAAUUGGUGUCCUUAAUAAGGCUAUGAUAGUCAUUGUAUCACUCUACGUGGGAAUGGGUCUCUUCGGCUACAUGAACUACGGAUCAGAUGUUCUGGGUUCAAUCACACUCAACUUGCCUCCAGAUGAGAUCCUUGGUCAGUGCGUUAAGGGUAUGCUGGCUUUUGCUAUCUAUAUCACCCAUGGUCUUGCUUGCUACGUGGCCAUUGAUAUCACUUGGAAUGAAUACCUUUUCAAGAGAUUCACCAAUAGUCCUCGAAAAGUCUUCUGGGAAUAUGUGACACGAACAAUGCUCGUACUUGUUACUUUCCUUUUGGCUGUUGCUAUUCCCAAUUUGGAGCUCUUCAUCUCGCUGUUUGGUGCUUUGUGCCUCUCAGCACUUGGACUUGCAUUCCCCGCCUUAAUGCAGACAGCCUGCUACUGGUCAGAACGGAAAGGCCUAAACAAAGUUCUGAUGGUGAUGAAGAAUAUCGUGAUUGCUUUAAUUGGUGUAGUUGGUCUUGUUGUUGGCACUUACACGAGUAUCUCAGAUAUUAUUGCGACAUUUUUCGAAGACGGAGGAGAAAAUCAUCACUAGACGUUUCAAAAAUAUACUCAGACUCAUCCACCUAGACCUUCAAUGGAGGAUGAAAGUAUUAUCUGCACAUUCCAUUGCCGUAUUUCAGUAAAACGCUAUCUAUUCUACAAAAAGAAAAAAAAAGAAAAUAAGCAAACUUUUCUACGACAUGAUUCUAAUCUAAUACAUAGAGUAUUUCUUGACUUUGGCGCCUUUUAGUGGCGUUCAAUGAAAAGAGAUUUAUCGUUAUUCACAUCGUUGUGAUACAAUAUGAUUUUAUUUUACGUGAAAACAAGAUUGUAUGUUCCUACGAGAACAUUUUUCUACUAUAGUAUUUGUAAUGUUAAAAGAAAGCACUAACAAGUAGCAUGAUUUUCACUAAAGUUAUAAUAUUACUACCGAAGAAAUUGCGAUAUAUAGAUGAUUUGUAGAAAAAAAAUCUCCAAAUAGAACUAUAAAAAAAACUUUGAUUCUGUUUUAGCUUUAAUUAUCUUGUAAGUGACAUUUGGAUUAAUUGAUGAACAUUUCUCUCGUGGGGAAAUUAACAUGACAAGAAAAUGAUUAAAUAUCUUUUUUCUAAAAAUGCAAAAGUGAAGAUCAUGGACAUGUUUGGAGAGAGAAAUGCAUUAAAUUAAUGUCGACACUGUUUCAAGUGUCAACUAAAUAGAAUUUGCACUUUUAUUUAAAUUUGUCUCUUUCGAAACUCUCUUCCAUGAGGAACAAAUUGUAAUAUACGUUGACGAUUGUGAACAUUGAGGAAUUUAUCAGUGAGAAAAAAAUAAAGAGUUAUUUUUCGAAAA